GAUACACCAGCAAUGAACUAAAUGUUGCGAGACUUUUAUUUGAUUGAUGAAAUCCACCGGAAGUUGUACAUUGUGGCUCGUUUCUCUCUUGUGUUUCAAAGAGGAAAGCGGGAAACAUGAAGCCCGAAGAUGGUACCCCUCCUCGCAGGCGGUCGGCGAGGCUUUCUGGACCAGAGGAGAAACCUGUCGCGAGACAUACGUUCACCGUGAGGAAGAUUGUGCCACGAAAAACACAGACCUCAGAGGUUAACAAGGAGAAUGUCGAGAGGCUGUCCAAUGUGCCUGAGAAGAGGCCUAAAGUGUCCACACCAAAACCAGUGGUAUCUACACCAAAACCUGUGGUGUCUACACCAAAACCUGUGGUGUCUACACCAAAACCUGUGGUGUCUACACCAAAAUCUGUGAUAUCUACACCAAAACCUGUGGUAUCUACACCAAUACCUGUAGAUGCCCCACCUCCAAGGCCCACCAUCCUGUCACCUAUCCUGGCCCCCCAGAGCCUGUCCCCUCCCCCCUCGGCCCCAGAGAAGGACCAGGAUGAGGUGUGGAGCCAGAAGGUGCGGCGCUCCUACAGCCGCCUGAGCGGAGACGCGUCGUUCAGCAGCCCCGGUCAGCAGAGCCCCGGCUCAUCGGUGGCGUCGCGACGGGAGACACUGUUUGGGUUCGAGAAGAUGCAGACUCCUAAGGUGAUGCGGUCUAUGUGUCUGUCAGCCACAGCCCCCCAGGCCUCCUCCUCGCUGUGUGGAGUGGUGUCCUUAAACCUGUCGGAGGCAGAGGACAGCGUGAAUCACUCCGUAGAACCGGACUACAACAUCCCAGGUGUGGUUAUAGCAAAGAAGCAGUCCAGGAAGAAGAGAGUGCAGCCAAUGAAAACGUCUGAACUGGAUGACCUCGCCGCCCAGAUGAACGCAGAGUUUGCUGAGGCAGAAGACUUCAUGUUGGUGGUUGAAUAGGUGGCGUUUUCACAUGAGUUCAUGUAUUUUGUGUCUUGGCAAACCCAUCAGUGAUUAAGGUAAAGAUAACCUAAACAACAUGGCUGCACUUCAACUUAGUCCAAACCUUGACACCUCCGCCCCCAAUGAUGUACAGGAACACUCUCAUGUGUGUGACUAGUUGCUUCUUUUUGUAGUUACUCUGUAUUAUAUAUGUGCACCUUUUCAUGUUUGUUUAAGCUUAUGCUGCAGUAUUGUCUGUAUUCCAACUAUCACUGUGUUUGGAGGAUGUAAUUUAAAAUGGUAUAUUAUGUCUGAAUUUAGUGAAGUUUGUCUGCAUCAAUAAACAUCUUUCUUUGUUCAA